GAAGGAACUCUGCAUGGCUGUGAUAUUCUCGCAUCUUGGAUGGGGCUUUUCCUUUGGUUUUGCCCCUGUCACUGGCCACCCUGUGUCCCCAGGAGCAGGCAGCGGUAUAGCGGUGCACGGACGAGUUGUUAGCCACGGAGGGAGCUGGGGAUGAAUCAUCCCCAACAAAGAGCUUUCGAGAUGGCAGAGUGUGUUUCUGCCUGGAGGGAGGAAUGCAUCAGGCUUUCUCAAGCAAGCAGCAGCCUGCAGUGUGCGUCUGCUUGAGAGCCAGCCCUCCUCGACGGUGUGUGUGUGUGUGUGUGUGUGUGUGUGUGUGUGUGUGUGUGUGUGUGUGUGUGUGUGUGUGUGUGUGUGUGUGUGUGUGUGUGUGUGUGUGUGUGUGUGUGUGUGUGUGUGUGCAAGAGUGUGGGGGUUUGUGUGAGGGAGUGUGUAUAACAAGUGUGUGUAUAUGUGUGUGCUCACUCUUGCACUCUUCCCUUCCUGGAGGAGAGGCUCUCCUCUUCAGCGAUCGGCAAGGGCCAUCUUGAAUUUGUCAAGCUGUCACUUUUCUGGACCUGACAAUGUUUCGUAAGAAGAAAAAGAAGAGGCCAGAGAUCUCAGCACCAAAGAACUUUGAGCACCGGGUGCACACCUCUUUUGAUGCUAAACGAGGCUGCUUCGUGGGCCUGCCAACCCAAUGGCACAGUUUGAUAGAGAACCUCCGCAGGCCCAAGCCUAUGGUGGACCCCUCCCGGAUCACCCCAGUUGAGCUCAAUCCAAAGAAGACCAUUGUGCGUGGGAGUAUGAUCGGCCAUGGAGACUACAUCUCAGCCAUGAUCUCCGACAUGAGCAGGCUGUCCGUGACCAGCUCCAACUCCCUAAGGAAGAGCAGCCCUUCAGGCAGGAAGAGGGCCCAGUCCCUUGGCAGGCUGGGGGAGGUGAAGGAGGGGGACACCUACCAGUAUGAAGACCUGGGAGAGGAUGACAUGGAGCAGCAGCAGUGGAGGGACAGGGCUCAUAACAUCCACAGUGAGAGUGGGAUGCCCCAAAUGGGCAUGAAGAAGAGCAUCACCCUGCAGCCCAAUGGGGAUCUUCCCAGGGCUAAGUCCACCUACGAGGUGAGUGUCAGCUCUCUGGAGGGACCCCCGGUUCCAUCCCAACCCAUACAGCUGCCUAUUAAAGGGGCUUAUAUCAGCUGUGAGGUGGGCAGUCCCACAGAGAGACUGAUGGUGAGGAGAGAUUUCCAGGUGCCGAGGGUUAUGCCACACAACCAGAGGCCCUUCUCAUGCUUCUACAACCCAGCCAUGGCUGUCCAGCAGCCCCAUCCUGACCAUGGGCGUCACCCCCCUCCGGAGUACCGCACCAACCUCUACAUCCACUCACAUAACAGCCCUAGCAGGCCAUACUCCUCCUACGACCUGAAGGUGGUGAUCAUGAGGGACUACCAGCACAGGAACGUGGUGGAGAUGUUUAAGAGUGCCCUGGUGGAGGAGGAGCUCUGGGUCAUCAUGGAAUACAUAGAGGGUGGAGCACUAACCAACAUCGUGUCUGAGACCAGGCUGAGUGAGGAGCAGAUAGCCACAGUGUGUGAGGCUGUGCUGCAAGCCCUGGCCUACCUUCACUCCCAGGGAGUCAUCCACAGGGACAUCAAGAGUGACUCCAUACUGCUAACACUGGAUGGGAGGAUCAAGCUGUCAGACUUUGGGUUCUGUGCACAGAUCAGUAAGGACAUUCCCAAGAGGAAGUCUUUAGUAGGAACACCCUACUGGAUGGCUCCGGAGGUCAUCUCUAAAUCUCCAUACAGCACUGAGGUGGAUGUGUGGUCUCUGGGCAUCAUGGUAGUUGAGAUGGUGGAUGGAGAGCCCCCCUACUUCAGUGAGACCCCCGUUGCAGCCAUGAGAAGGCUGAGGGAUGAGCCAGCUCCCACCGUACGGAACACAACCCAGGUAUCCCCGGUGUUGAAAGACUUCCUGAACCGUAUGUUGACCCGGGACCCAGUGGAGAGGGCCAGCGCCACAGACCUGCUAGAACACCCCUUCCUCCUGCAGAGUGGCUCCCCGCAGUGCCUGGUGCCCCUGGUGGAGCAGUACCGCAAGCGCAUGUCUCACUGCUGAUCCCAUGGUGGACCCUGAUCCCUGAUUACUACUGUACCCACCCUGAGUGUGAUCUGCCCAGGUCCAACCCACCCAGCACCCACCCCAGUGUGGGAGCAGGACCAGAGAGCAGAUCCAGACCCAGAGAUCCUGGUGCUGUUACAGAGCUCAUGGCAUCAGGCCUGUAGGCUUGGUAAACAAUGGCACAGCAUGGGCCUAGAGACCUACUGUAAGAAGCACUUUAGCAGUGAGUUGGUGUAGUGAAACAGUAGCAUGCAAACAAACAGUAUUCCUAACUCAUUUCAACAACGUCUGGUUCUACCUGUGAUAGACAACAUCCAAUGGGAUUCCUCCCGACACAACACCAAUCUAGCCUUGGUACAUUAUAUACAGACUUGAAAUCCAAGGGAACUGUAAACUGCAUUGUGAACUUUUACUGUAAUUGAGCAGUUUCCCAUUGUAGUGUUUGGAUAAUAGUGAAUUUUCAGCUUGUGCUAUAGACUCAAGUUAUGGUAGCUCAUGACUUGGAGAGAAGCUUGAUGUUACAUACCUCUACAACCAUAUGGGACACUGACUGAAGUUCACCUUGUCAGUAAACAAUUUGCAUGGCCAAAUGAAGGCAGACCUGGCCUGAUCAGAAUGUUUAAAACAUGCUACUAUGAGAGACCUGCCGCCAGUAUCACCAUGACAAAUGUGUAGAUGAGGGGAUGUCUGUUCGAUUUUAUUGUGCUCAAGGAAUCAUAUUCCUUUUAAUAUUUAUUCUAUUUUGCUUUCCCGAAAAGUGUUGUGAAUGGUUUGUAACGUGAAAUUGCAAAUAAAUUUUCAGUUUAGAAUAUCAACUUGAAAUGUAGCAGAUGAACAAAUAAUGUAAAUACAUCCUGUAUAUUAGGACUUACUUGCAGAGCCACUGUACUUACACUACCGCUCAAAAGUUUGGGGUCACUUAGAAAUGUCCUUGUUUUCCAUGAAAACAUACAUGAAAUGAGUUGCAAAAUGAAUAGGAAAUACAGUCAAGACGUUGACAAGGUUAUAAAUAAUGAUUUGUAAUAAUUUGUAAUAAUUGUGUCCUUCAAACUUUGCUUUCGUCAAAGAAACCUCUAUUUGCAGCAAUUACAGCCCUGCAGGCUUUUGGCAUUCCAGUUGUCAAUUUGUUGAGGUAAUCUGAAGAGAUUUCACCUCAUGCUUCCUGAAGCACCUCCCACAAAUUGGAUUGGCUUGAUGGGCACUUCCUACAUACCAUACGGUCUAGCUGUUCCCACAACAGCUCAAUAGGGUUGAGAUCCGGUGACUGUGCUGGCCACUCCAUUAUAGACAGAAUACCAGCUGACUUCUUCUUCCCUAAAUAGUUCUUGCAUCGUUUGGAGCUGUACUUUGGGUCAUUGUCCUGUUGUAGGAGGAAAUUGGCUCCAAUUAAGCGCCGUCCACAGGGUAUGGCAUGUCGUUGCAAAAUGGAGUCAUAGCCUUCCUUAUUCAAGAUCCCUUUUACCCUGUACACAUCUCCCACUUUACCAGCACCAAAGCACACCCAGACCAUCACAUUGCCUCCACCAUGUUUGACAGACGGCGUCAAGCACCCCUCCACCAUCUUCUCCUUUUUUCUGCAUUUCACGAAUGUUCUUCUUCGUGAUCCGAAUACCUCAAACUUAGAUUAGUUUGUCCAUAACACUUAUUUCCCCAUCUUCCUCUGUCUAGUGUCUGUGUUCUUUUGCCCAUCUUAAUCUUUUCUUUUUAUUGGCCAGUCUGAGAUGGCUUUUUUCUCGCAACUCUGCCUAGAAGGCCAGCAUCCAUGAGUCGCCGCUUCACUGUUGACAUUGAGACUGGUGUUUUGCAGGUACUAUUUAACGAAGCUGCCAGGUGAGGACUUGUGAAGCAUCUGUUUCUCAAACUAGACGCUCUAAUGUACUUGUUCUCUUGCUCAGUUGUGCAUCGGGGCCUCACAGUCCUCUUUCUAUUCUGGUUAGAGACAGUUUGCGCUGUUCUGUGAAGGGAGUAGUACACAGCAUUGACAAGAUCUUCAGUUUCUUGGCAAUUUCUCGCAUGGAAUAGCCUUCAUUUCUCAGAACAAGAGUAGACUGACGAGUUUCAGAAGAAAGUACUUUGUUUCUGGCCAUUUUGAGCCUGUAAUCGAACCCACAAAUGCUGAUGGUCCAGAUACUCAACUAUUCUAAAGAAGGCCAGUUGUAUUGCAUCUUUAAUCAGAACAACAGUUUUCAGCUGUGCUAACAUAAUUGCAAAAGGGUUAUCUGAUGAUCAAUUAGCCUUUUAAAACGAUAAACUUGGAUUAGCUAACACAACGUGCCAUUGGAACACAGGAGUGAUAGUUGCUGAUAAUGGGCCUCUGUAUGCCUGUGUAUAUAUUCCAUAAAAAAUCAGCCGUUUCCAGCUACAAUAGUCAUUUACAACAUUAACAAUGUCUACACUGUAUUUCUGAUCAAUUUGAUGUUAUUUUAAUGGACAAAUAAAAGUGCUUUCAAGACAAGGACAUUUCUAAGUGACUCCAAACUUUUGAACGGUAGUGUAUAUGGUAUGAAUUUAACUUAAUUUUUUAAAGUGUGUGUUUAUGCCUGGAUGCUGUUUUAGUGUUUGCCUCAACCAUCCCUUCCACUGUGUUGCAACCAACUUUUUAAACUACAGAAUGUGUGUGUUGCUACAGAAAAUGUAUGCGUGACAGCAUUUGCAUUGGUUUGCAAAGAUAAAGCACACAGGCUUGGCAUGUGAUGCUGAAGAACGUCCACCAGCUAAGAACACCUUGCACAUUGUCUUUGUAUUCUUACCAGUGAUACAAUAUAUUUAAUGUAUUUGUAUUUCUAUGUAGGACAUUUAUGACAUUUUGUAAAAAUCAAUAAAUAAUGCAUAUUAACUCUU